UACUACAUAAUUUGAUCCUAAGCAUCUUUAUUUCUUAGGUUUUCUUUAUUUUGACAAUCUGUCCAUAUGGCUUCCUUGUCAUUCAACACUUCUCCAUAAACCUUUUCAAAACUUAAAUGAAAUGGGUUCAUGGAGAAACCUAGUCUUACUCUCUCAUAUUCUCAUAAACGUUGUUGGUCUCAGCAUUUCCCAGCCUGAUUUCCUGUUCUUUGACUGUUUUCCGGGAUUUGGUAACUACACAACUAACAAUUCAUAUCAGACAAACCUCAACACCCUCCUAUCCUCUCUUUCCUCAAACACUGAUAGCUAUGGGUUUUACAGUUCUUCCUUGGGCGAAAAUCCUGACAGAGUUAGCGCAAUUGUGCUUUGCAGAGGAGAUGCUGACCUCGACACUUGUCGUGGUUGUAUCAAUAACUCCACGAGUUAUAUCACACAAGUUUGUCCCAAUAGCAAGAUGGCCAUUGGAUGGUACGACUUAUGUAUGGUACGAUACUCGAACGAGUCCAUUAAUGGCACAACAUCAACUGAUCCCACACGGUUAAUUGGAAGCACCCAACAAGCUCCGAACGUGACUCAAUACAAUCAAGCUUUGAGCACCUUGUUUCAGAGACUCAUUAGCGAAGGGGCUUCCGGGGGGACACGUAAAAAGUUUGCAACGGGAAUAGAGACCGGUCUGGAUUUCCUAACUGUAAAUGGACUUAUGCAGUGCACGCCUGAUUUAUCUGAACAGGAUUGUAGUAAUUGCCUUGAGAUAAUUUUGGCUGAUAUUCCGAGCUAUAUUAGAGGGAGCGAAGGCGGGAGGAUUCUUACACCCAGCUGUAAUUUGCAGUUCGACAAAUUUUUUUUUUUUAGGGAGAUUCAAGUUGAUUCACCCCCUCCCGUUGAUUCACCCCCUUCCGUUGAUUCACCCCCUCCAGUAGAUUCAACCCCAGGAAUAGAUGUCACUAGAAGUCGAACAGUCAUUUUUAUUGUUGUUUCAACCGUUACUUCUGUGAUAGCACUCAUUGUUUUCACGAUGUUGAUAUAUUUGUGGAAGUGGAAGCAGAGGAUGCCAAAGGAUGAAGUCCAUGUUUCUGAAGCUGGGGAUAGAAUUAGCACCGUGGAAUCCUUGCAGUACAGCUUUCAUACCAUUAGCAUUGCAACAGAUAACUUCUGUGAUGACAAUAAAAUUGGAAGAGGUGGAUUCGGUGCCGUUUACAAGGGUAGACUUCAGAACGGACAAGAAAUAGCUGUGAAGAGGCUGUCUAUGGAUUCCGGACAAGGAGAAGUAGAGUUUAAGAAUGAGGCUAGGCUAGUGGCCAAGCUUAACCACAGGAAUUUGGUUAAGCUCUUUGGUUUUUGCUUGGAAGGCAAAGAAAGGCUUCUCAUCUAUGAGUUUGUGACCAAUUCCAGCCUUGAUCAAUCCAUAUUUGAUCCCAUUAAGCGCACACAGUUGGAUUGGGAUAGACGCUACAAGAUCGUAGGAGGCAUUGCUCGCGGACUCUUAUAUCUGCAUGAAGAUUCACGACUUAGGAUCAUCCAUCGUGAUCUCAAAGCUAGCAACGUACUGUUAGAUGCAGAAAUGAACCCGAAAAUAUCAGAUUUCGGCAUGGCAAGAUUGUUUGUUCUUGAUGAAACUGAAGGGAAUACAAAUCGAAUCGUGGGGACCUAUGGGUAUAUGGCUCCAGAGUAUGCAAUGCACGGCCAAUUCUCAGUUAAGUCAGAUGUCUUUAGCUUUGGCGUAUUAGUUCUGGAAAUCGUGACUGGUCAGAAGAACAGCUGUUUCCAGAAUGGAGAGAAUGUAGAGGACCUUUUAAGCUAUGCUUGGAAAUGUUGGAUAGAAGGGCAUGGCGCAAACCUCAUAGACCCAACAUUGAGUACUAAUUCGAGCUCUAUUUGCGAGAUAAUGAGAUGUAUCCACAUUGGGCUGCUAUGUGUUCAGGAAAACAUAGCCGAUAGACCAACCAUGGCUUCAGUUGUUAUGAUGGUCAAGAGUUCCUCCCUCACUCUUCCCAUGCCUUCGGAACCAGCAUUUUUUAUACGUAGUAGUGUUGGUCCACAACAGCUAGUUCUAGGGGAGUGUUAUUCUACAGUAAUGGAGUCCAACCAUUCAAAACCUAAAUCCGCAUGCAUGUCUGUAGAUGACGCCUCGAUUACUGAGUUACAUCCUCGUUGAUUUCUGACAAUGAAAGGUCUGGACCAAUAAAAAGAAAUUGUAAGUCGUUUUUAGGGGUUCUGAGGCUAGAGAAGAAAGAAGAACAUGAAAAUGGAGAAGAUCUAUCAACAAUCCAUGGUUUCGACCUUCAAUCUCGUGAAGAUCCUCUCCGUCAUGAGCAGGCGAUCUCUUCAGCUAGGGUAACGAGAAUGCCUCUCCAAGUAUUAUAAUUGUAUAGUUUUCUAUUGUUGUUCGUUCAACAUUGUUUGUUUAACUUUGGAUGGUUCAUAGUUUAUGAAAGUUACUAUUUUUUCCAAUCUUCAUAUCGUGUUUGUAUUCAUGACAUCAAGCAUCAUUAUACAAUAAUGUUCAAGGCUUCAAGAUAGAUUCUGAGAUGGACUAUAAGACGUUAGACGGAUCGUUCCAUCGAAUGAUUCUUACUCUGAGAUGGGGCAAAUCAGUGAGACAAUCCACACUAUGUUGUGAUAGUAUUUACGGAGAAUGAGUCUUGUACUCUUGUGAAUCUUCUUGGCGAUUCUCGUUUGGGAUCGUUUCCCUAAAGGUGGCCUGUUCUCUGUUUUGAAUGGUAACCCUAGGUUUCAUCACAUUCGUACUGUGGGGGAGGUUGAAUCAAAACCCUACUCUUUCUGUCUUGUUUUCGUAACCCUUUUAUUGCCUUCUAGUUAAUCUAGUG